AUGGACAACGCCGCCAAAAAGCGUAGAGUUCCCCACUCGGAGGAGGUGAUUAAACGUUGCUUGGAUGCAAUCAGCAAUGGAACGGCAAUUAAAACAGCUUGUCGACUGCACGGCAUUCCCAGGUCCACUAUCAAGUUCCGGUUGAGCAAACACUAUAAACAUCAACCGCGACCUGGACCAGCACCGGCACUAAACCAAGCGGACGAACUUGAGCUUCCGGAGAGUGUCACGAAAGCUAGUGCGAACGUAACCGAGUCCGACAUUAGAAAGUGGUUUAAAGAGGUUUUAGGAAUUCUUCACGAAGAGAAGGUAGCCGACAUUCUUUCCGAUCCAAGAAGAAUUCUUAACGGCGACGAAGCCUGCUUCUACUUGGAUCCGAUGAUCAACAAAGUGAUUGCUAGGAGAGGUGAGCGAAACGUGUAUAAAGUUGAUCAGGGACCGGCGAAGAAAAAUAUCACGGUGAUGUUUACUUGCUCUGCUGAUGGUGUAAUGUUUCCCCCAAUGAUAGUGUUGCCGUACAAAAAAAUUCCUAUGGAAGUUACGAAGAGCGUGCCCGCUGAAUGGGGAUUGGGCAAGACGGACAACGGAUGGAUGAAUAAAGAAUGUUUCUUAAAGUACAUCAAACAUAUCUUGCAUCCUCAGCUAGUUAAGGCAAACUUGCUUCCGGUUAUUUAUUUUGUUGAUGGACACUCUUCGCACACACCAUGGGAAACAGCAGAAGAAUGCAGUAAACUUGGCAUUAUCCUUAUCUGCUUGUAUGCAAACUGCACAAGGAUUUUACAACCUUUGGACGUUGCAGUUUUCAAACCACUGAAAACGGCAUGGCUAAAAGUGACAGAUGACUGGAAAAUCAGCAAUCCAAAUCAACACGUAAAAACGGAAAAUUUUUCGUGCCUUCUGGAAAAGGCGAUGGAAUCGAUCGAUGAUCGCAUUAUUGGAAAUGGGUUUAAAGCAUGCGGAUUAUUUCCAUUCGAUGAAAAUAGCGUCGAUUACUCCAAAUGUCUCGCUCGCAACAGUUCCAAUAUAGAUCAGAAUAAUCCACAACACGGAAACUGCCAUGAAAUGAAUGUUAGCGCUGUAAGUAGUUCGAAAACUUUCCCAGUAAGUCAUGCUGAUGCGCAAGAAGUACUUGAUAUGAUGGGUCGGUCCCGGCGCAUCCGAUACCGCGAGGGAAAUGAUAUGUAUUCUAUGUCAGAGGAAGACCAGAUUCUUGCGAAAGUUUACAAUAUCUUCAAACCAAUGGAUGUCGUCGAAAAUCAAACGAUUGAGGAACAUUUUAUUGAAGACCAAAGCAUGACCGAAGAAAGGACUUCUGAAAUGCACGUUGAAGAAGAUUUUCAAUUCGAGUUUGUUAAAAUCGACGAAUUAUGUGUUGACAAUCUAAGCGGUACAUCACAGCAAAGUAAUGGUAAGAGUGAGCUUGCCAAAUUCCUGGAAUCGCCUGAAACACCCAAACGAACAGGAACAUUACGAUUCAAGCGACGUAGUCCUGCCGUUUUAACAUCGCGCCGUAGACUUGAAUACCACAAGGCGAAAGCUGAAGAAAAAAGGAAAGUAGAAGAAGAGAAGCAAAGAAAAGCUGAACUUAGAAAGAAGAACAAGAAACCACCUCGUAAGCAUAUUAAUUAA